AUGCCAGUGAUGCUGAGCUGUUGGCUGCUGCUGUGUAAAGUUGGGGAGUCCGAGGUGCCAGUGUCCACCCAGCUCACCACCUGGGCAGAGAUCGCACCGGCUGGCAGCCAGGACUCUCAGAGCAGACCACCGGACACCUCUGCUUCUGAAGCUGACGGAGUCUUGCUGGAGGGCUGGCAGAAGUACUGGGAGCAUCUGACUCCAUCUGGACAAGCUCCCGAGGAGAGGAAACUCCUGAAGAACAAGAUGGAGUUCCACCCACCUCUACCUCCCACAUCUGUCAAGGGAGGGCUGCCAAGCAUGACGUCAUUUUUCACCACUCCAGUCUUCGUCUGGCACCCGAUUGGUGUGAUGCAAGCUAGGAUCCGCUGCCCCAACUCCAACUGCCCCGCACCACCGGGCGAAUUCCUGGAGAAGAAAGGCUUCGGCAGCUACGCCAGGCAGGUGUGUGGCAUGACCAACAGCUACACCCUGUUGACGGAGAAGCUGAGGUGUCCGUACUGCGAAAAGGUGAGGCGGGUGGCGAGCGAGCCGCACGGCGACACCGAAGACGUGGGUGGUUGUCGUGAGCAGCACUACAUCUGGCUGGCGCACAGUCCCAAGAUCCUGAUGAACCUGGCUCCAGCUGUCAGAAGCAUGUUUCCUGCCAUACUGUGUGGAAAGCGGGCUGUGGACAAGGGCGUGGUCACUCUCCUGAACGACCGGGUCAACGGCGUCUGCAUGAGCAAGCUGCAGAGGCUGCUGCAGCAGGGCCACGACGAGAAGAAAGACUUCAGCACCUACGCCAGGCAGGUGUGUGACAUGACCAACAGUUACACCUUGUUGACGGAGAAGCUGAGGUGUCCGUAUUGUGAAAAACCACAGGCGCUACCCAUGAUGCUCUACGGAGCCUCCAGCACUCUGAGCGCCAUACUUUUGGCUCCGCCCCCUCGCGAUUACAUCCAGGCCAACCAAGCCUCUUUAGUCCUUGUGGAGUCGUGCAAAGUGAAACUCAUCAACCUGAGGCUCUCCAAGGAGGUGUUUGAUUCUCAAGGGAGAGAUGUUACUCCUCUGCCCCUGGUUGCCGUCGCUGACGACCAGGAGUCCAAACAUGAAAAACCAUCUCUGGAGGAAGUCCUUUUCAAAACCGGAUCAUUGGUUUUCAAGUCCUCUACACCCUCUGAUAUGGUUUCGUCCAGGAUGCUUGGCAGCUCAUUUGCCAGCUUGCCCGUGGAAUCUGGGUUUCUCUCAAGAAGCAGCAUAACAGACUACAGUUUUCCUCUGCACGACACUGAUGCUGCUGCUGCUUAUGAAUUCCCACUGAAGCCUGGCAGGUCAGGCGAGCCUGUGGCUCAGGCAUUCGACAUCAUCCUCAGCGAGACGGACACCUUCUCGCUGCUGGACCUGUCCCCCAUCCUCAUCUCGGAAGAUGCUGAGGACGCAGACGCGGUGAACCAGAGAAACCGCGUCUACGCCGAGUUUUGCAGUGGUAAAAUGGGCAGUGAUAACUAUCUAGAGCGAUCAUCUCAGGCACUUGUUGGGGAGUCUAAAUGCAAAUACACCCAGACCAAAAAGAACAGCAGUGUCAACAAGGGCACAAUCGCUACUAUCUGGGACAUAUAUGAUUCAUUCUCUAUGCCGAAUGGCUAUAGGGAAAUCCGGGAAACUGAGCAGGUGGAUUAUCUCAUGAGCACCAGGAAAGAGCAAGACAGUUCAGAAGGAAGCAUGAGUGGGCACUCAGGCAGUGACGUCAGCUCGGAGACAGAGCUGGACGCAGAUCUGUUCGUGGUAAAAACUGAGCCAGACUUAGAAAAGAUCCUGUUGUCGGAAGCUUUCAUGAACAGCACGUUGGUAAUGGAGAGGGUGAUAGUGCUGAACAUUUUUCAGCCUCAGCUGGCUGCCUUCAGAGGGCUGCCUGUCCUGAAAGACCCGGACAGCGAGGUCAGGCCUGGCUUUGAGGAACACAUUACAGAAAAGAAAGACAAGUAUUUAACGCCAACGUUGGAGCCUCUCUGGACCUUCGUCAGCCCCCUGACCAGAGGACACAGCAUCACCAGCAUGGCAUGGAACAAAAAGAAUCCAGACAUCCUGGCAGUAGGCUACGGAAGCUGGUCCUCAGGCAACCCACAACCAGGUCUCAUUUGCUGCUGGUCUCUAAAAAACCUUAUGUGGUCGGAGCGCGUGUUUCCCUGCCAUAACAGUGUGACGUGCCUGGAGUUCUCUUCCAGCAACCCCAGCCAUCUGGCCGUGGGGAUGUACGACGGCUCCGUCGCCAUCUACAACGUUCAGGUCGGAGACCACACGGCGUGCAUCGCCGACAGCCGUGACUGUGCUAAGAGGCACAUGCAACCGGUGUGGCAGGUCACCUGGACCAAACAACAGCUGCAGCUAUCGGGGGAAGAACGAGAGGAAGUUCUAGUGUCCGUAACAGGAGAUGGCAGGAUCACCAAGUGGCUCAUCCUGCACAAUGGUUUCAACUGCGUAGACCUGAUGAUCUUGAAAAGGAGUCAAGGUCGUAAACAGAGCAUCGGAGGAGGCCAGUCGAAGACUGAAAAUGUGCUGCUACCACAGACUACUGUUCUUUGCAUUGACUUCCAUCCAGACGACACUGGGAUCUAUGUGAUCGGAACGUGGGACGGCGGUUUGCACAAGUGCUCUCUGUCCAACAGCGAUCAUUUUCUGGACACAUACUGUAAACACCCUUCCCCAGUGACGCAUAUCGAGUGGUCGCCUCUUUAUUCAGACGUGUUCCUGAGCAGCUCUUCAGACGGGACGAUUCAGCUGUGGAAGCUGGACACGCUGAACCCCAAAAUGAGCUUCACGUCAGUGCAGAGCAUAGUGGACAGCGUCAAGUGGUCCCCAAACUCCUGCACGGUGUUUGCAGCCAUCUACAGGCAGCAUGUGGAGGUCUGGGACCUCAGCAGAAGCAUCAUGCUGCCCACUGUGGUGCACCACGCCGAGCCCGGCUUGACGCUGUCGUCCUUACUGUUUGCCAAAGGCUCAGAUAGCGUUUUGGUUGGGGACAGUCGGGGUGAGGUGACUGUGUACAAGCUGAAAAACUUCAGAGUCGGGAAAGGAAAAAAGGUGUUAAAUCUGGAUGACGUCAUGGCGUCUGUCGCCGGGUACGUUGACUGAAGAACCACCAUGUAAAAACGGAAUCUAGUUGUUACUUCAAAUAUGUGGAGUUUGUGGUCAUUCAAAGACUGGCUUUUUUUUUUUUAUUAUUAAAACUUUGUGUUCUCAAAUGUUAAAUUGAAGAUAGAAAGGCACAAAAUAAACAUAUCAUUUAACAGUUUC